CAAACUUCCUACCAGCACAAUAAAUGUCUCCCACAGCUUCUGCUCAAGUAGAACCAAAGCAGAAGAGUAAUCAAAACCAAGAGUCUAUUCUGCAGAGUGCUAACCCUGACAAACCUCAGACUGGGCUUGGGAGCAGAGCUUUUCCUGACACACAUCUCCCUGCAGAAUCUCCAGAAAGGGCUGCUCUGCACGCAAACCACUGCAUGAGCCAAGGGCCAUCAAAUAGCGAAGGCACUGGCAAAGUCAACCUCUUAAAGAAAGUACCAGCACUGAAGGACGGAGACUUCACCCUUGCAGAAUGCACUGCCAUUCUGCUGUACCUGAGUCGAAAGUACAACACUCCCGACCACUGGUACCCAUCAGACAUACAAAAACGGGCCCGGGUAGAUGAAUACCUCUCCUGGCAUCAUGCCAACAUCCGGGCUAACGCUCCUAAGACCAUGUGGAUCAAGGUGCUCAUUCCCCUCUUCACAGGGCAGCCACUGCCCUCUGAGAAGCUCCAGGAGGUUAUGGAUGGGCUGUCCACUUCCCUGAAACAAUUUGAGGAGAGGUUUCUGCAGGACAAGGCUUUUAUCAUCGGGAGUGAGAUCUCCCUGGCGGAUCUUGUGGCCAUUGUGGAACUGAUGCAACCCGUUGGAGUUGGUUGUGACAUCUUUGAGGACAGGCCCAGGCUGAUGGAGUGGCGCAGGCGGGUGGAGGAUGCUGUGGGGAAAGAGCUUUUCUUCCAAGCCCACGAGAUGAUCCUCAAUAUCAAAGAACUGAGCAACAUUCAAAUUGAUCCACAGCUGAAAGAGCAGCUGGCACCUGUGUUGAUGAAGAUGUUGAAAUGAAUUAACCUAUCUUACAA